AUGGCCGACGAUACGCGGAAUACCGUCGAUUUGAAUGCGCUGCCGCCAAAGCCCCGCGCGCCGGCAAACACUAUGCCCGGAGGCACAGCGCAUACAGCAGGCGGAGAAAAGACAUCAGAUGGCGGCCCUACAUAUAUCGACGCAGUACGAAGUCUUGGGCCGGAGUACUACUUGAACUUUCACAAACGCCCUUGCGUACGAGACAGUCAAUUGCAAGGACUAGCAGCUGGCUUUGCAGGAGGAAGUUUGGCCGCUAUAAUAGGGAAGCCCGUCAUCACAUCCUCCAACUGGGCCGUAGCAACCUGGUGUGGCGUCUCCGUCGUGUCCUACCAAGUAUGCCAGUACUACCGAUCCAAGGAAAAGGCCGGCAUAAAACAAGCACAAGAGCUCAUGGAGAAGAAGCGUGCGAGUAUUGAGGCAAAGAAGGAGGCUCGGCGGAGGGCGAGGGAAGAGCAAGAUCGACUGGAAAUGGAGCGGAAGGCAGAAGACGAGAGGAGAAAGAGCUGGAGUUAUUGGUACCAGAAGAACGUCAAGUUCUGGUAG